AUGGACGGGCUGAUCCGCAUCCACCUCGAUGAUCAGAUGGACUCGAAGACACUCCUGGGGUCGUACGUGUGUACAGACACGCCUGGGGAGUUUGUGUGGAAGGAGGGAGCACUCACGCAGGCGGUACAGCAGGGGAGGUGGAUUGUGAUCGAGGACAUUGACUUGGCUCCGUUCGAUGUGCUCGCUGCGAUCAUCCCCCUCCUCGAGUCCAACAGGCUCUACCUGCCUGCUAGGGACAGCAGCAUAGUGGCGCAUGCCGGGUUUCGGCUCUUUGGGACGAGGACGGUGGGAAAGCUUGCGAGGAAGGAGUCGGCGGCUGUUCAGAUGAUCCAGUCUCUGACGACUCAAGUGUUUGUCGAGGCAUGGAAGGAUGAGGAGGUCAGGGAAGUCGUUGGAGUCCUGUUCCCCUCCCUGCUGGACGCGGGACUGGUCGAGCCGAUCGUGGAGGUGCAUCGGCUGAUGACGUCAGCACGAGCCGAGACGGUCAUUGACGGGGUGAGAGUUCGCCGUCAGCUGACGGUGAGGGACCUGCUGAAGUUCUGCCGGAGAUGCCUGGUGCUGAAGGAGGCGGUGGAUUGUUUCUGCAACAUGAUCAACAGCGAGGCCGAUCGGGUCACGAUCGCCAAACGUCUCGGAUUGAUCCUCCACCUGCAUGAGCAGAAAGUCGAGUUCAUGCUUGAGAAGUCUCUGCCUGAGGUGAACAUCCAGAAGGAUCAUCUCCAGGUGGGAAGAGUCUUCUUGGACGUCGACAGCAACUUCCUCAGUACAAGCAUCGAGCUCGACCGCGAGAACUUCUGCAGGACUCGGCGGACGCUGCAGGCCAUGGAGGCGAUUGCAGCUUGUGUGUACCACAACGAGCCCGUGCUGCUGACGGGAGAGACUGGCACAGGCAAGACAACUAUCGUACAGUACGUGGCGUCUCAGGUGGGAACGAAGCUGGCGGUGGUGAAUCUUUCCCAGCAGACAGACUCUGGCGACUUGCUGGGGGGGUUCAAACCGAUCGACGUGAGGUGCCUUGCUCAAAGCCUGCUGGACGAGCUGCUAGAGUUGCUCCCAAGGGUGACGAGCAAGUCGAAGAACUCGUCGUUCCUGCAGGCGUGUAAGAACAGGUUCGAGGCGAAGAACUGGAAGGGGAUGGUCAAGCUGCUGAAGCAAGCGACGCAACUGACUCUGAGCAAGAGAAUGAGGAGGCGGUGGGAUGUGUUUGCGGAGAGCGUCGCAGAGUUUGAGAGGAAGGUAGAGAGCACGCAGGGCAAGUUUGCCUUCACGUUUGUUGACGGGAUACUUGUGAAAGCGCUGAAAGAAGGUUUCUGGUUGUUACUGGAUGAGGUGAACCUUGCUCCUGCUGAGACUCUAGAGAGGCUGAGCGGGCUGCUGGAGGGAGAGCAGGGAUCGUUAUCGCUGACAGAGAAGGGAGAGGUAGAGGAGGUCAAGAGACAUCCAAACUUCAGGCUGUUUGCGUGCAUGAACCCGCCGACGGAUGUAGGGAAGAAGGACCUGCCGAUGACGAUGAAGGCGAGAUUCACCGAGAUCUUCGUCGAUGAGAUCGAGAACGAGGCCGAGCUGAGGGAGGUUGUGCAGACUUACCUUGGUAAGACUGUCUCUGUUGCCCAUGUCAACUCAGUCGUCAACUUCUACCUCAACGCUCGCGCCAUGGCCAAGAGCAAUGAGAUCUACGACGGAGCCAACCAGCCGGUUCACUUCAACUUGCGCAGCCUCUCCCGCACCCUCAACUACGUCAAGUUCAUGCAAGCCCAGGGCUACUCGCUCGACCGAAGCCUCUUCGAGGGAGCAUGUAUGGUGUUCUCAACACAGCUGCAUCCCUCCUGCCAGCAGCUCAUGGAGACUUGUAUCGUCAAGCACCUCUGCAAGGCAGGAGCCAAGGCCUCCUCCUCCUCCUCCUCUCUGAGCAACGACGACGGUUACACCUGCAUCGGGAGCUGCACCAUCAACCAGCAGGUGCUCGCGGGCUUCUGGAUCAAGAAGGGCCCUCACUUCGGUCAGCUCCCCAUCCCAACCUUCAUUCUCACUCCCUCCUGCCAGCUCAACGUCAGGAACAUCGCGCGAGCCGCUGCCCCGUACCGCUAUCCCAUCCUGCUCCAAGGGCCGACGUCGGCAGGGAAGACAAGCAUGAUCGAGUUCCUCGCCGCCUCUGCCGGACACAAGUUUGUGAGGAUCAACAACCACGCACACACUGACGUGCAGGAGUACGUGGGGGGAUACACGACGGACGAGGAGGGGAAGCUGGUGUUCCAGGAGGGGCCGCUGAUGCUCAACCGACUGCUGGACGAUAAUAGAGAGCUGCUGAUCCCCGAGACGCAGGAGCUCGUGAAGCCGCAUGCCAACUUCCUGCUGUUCGCCACGCAGAACCCGGCAGGAGGAGUGUACGGGGGGAGAAAGAUGCUCUCGCGCGCGUUCAGGAACAGGUUCCUAGAGGUUCACGUGGACGAGAUCCCGCAUGCGGAGCUGGUGGAAAUGAUGGAAAAAAGGUGCAAGAUAGCCAAGUCGCGCGCGCAGAAGAUCGUUGAGGUGAUGAAGGAGCUCCACAGGAGGAGGCAGAGGAGUAACGUGUUUGCUGGCGGCCUUGCCUUCGUCACCCCCCGCGAUCUGUUCAAGUGGGCCGAUCGGAUGGUGCUGGCGGACAACGACAACUACGAUGUGCUGGCACAAGAAGGAUACAUGCUGCUGGCGGAGGGACAGAGGAAGGAAGAGGACAAGAAGUGCGUGAGGGAGGUGGUGGAGCAGACGAUGAAGCAGAAGAUCAACGUGGAGAGGCUGUAUGACAUGUCGAAUGAUCUCAUCCACGACCAGCUGUUCUCCGGCCUCGUCAAGACAAGGAACGCCAAGAGGAUGCUGCGGUUGAUGGCAAGGUGCAUGAGAUUCAGAGAGCCGAUCCUGCUGGUCGGUGAGACCGGGACAGGCAAGACGUCCGUGUGCCAGGCGUUUGCAGCCGCGCUCUCUUCCAAGCUUCACAUCCUCAACUGCCACCAGAGCACAGAAGCCUCUGACCUCAUCGGAGGCUUCCGGCCGAUCCGAGGAAAGGAGUCGUCAUGCCGAGCCCUGUUCCUCUGGUACGACGGGCCGCUGGUGACGGCGAUGAGGGAGGGUCAUCUCCUGCUCAUCGACGAGAUCUCCCUGACUGACGACUCCGUGCUCGAGCGUCUCAACUCCGUGCUGGAGCCUGGCAGGACCAUCACGCUGGCAGAGAAGGGAGGGGAGGUGAUAGAGGCCCAUAGAGACUUCCUGGUGUUCGCCACGAUGAACCCUGGAGGAGACUUCGGGAAGAAGGAGCUCUCGCCUGCCCUCCGCAACCGCUUCACCGAGAUCUGGGUCGACGCGAUCAGCGAGCUGGAGGACCUGCGGUGUAUCCUGUCGCUAAGGAUGAGGGAGGAGCUUCAGAGAGCAGGCUAUGGAGAAAAGCUCCUGCUGUUCUGGCAGUGGUUCUCCUCCAAGAACAAGGUCACCCUGAGGAGGAUGCUGUCCUUGCGCGACCUCCUCGCCUGGGUUGAGUUCAUGAAUAUCUCCAAGGAUAACGGGCUGAGCAUGCAGGAGGGCUUCCUGCAUGGCGCCUGCCUCGUCCUCCUCGACGGCCUCGGGAUAGGAGACGGCUCCUCAGAAGCGAGCGCGAGGAGCCUCAAGGAGGAGAGUCUUCAGUACCUUCACGCCAUGCUCUCUGACAGCAGCACUUCUCCCGUCCUACAAGCGUCGCUCUCCUCCUCUGCUUUCUUUUCCUCUCCUCCUGCCUCUGUCGUCCUCACGCAGGAGAAGUUCGGGAUCCAGCCCUUCUUCAUCCCGCGAGGUCCCGCAGAGUCUCCUUCCUCCUUCGCCAUGACGGCACCGACGACUUGCCAGAACCUGAUGCGCGUGCUGCGGGGGAUGCAGCUGAGAAAGCCGAUCCUGCUGGAGGGCAGCCCGGGGGUGGGGAAGACGUCGCUUGUGCAGGCGCUGGCAGCAGUUUCGGGGCACAAGCUCGUGCGCAUCAACCUGUCCGACCAGACGGACAUGAUGGACCUGCUGGGUUCUGACCUCCCCGUCGGAGGAGGAGGAGAGGGAGCAGGAGAGGGAGGAGGAGAAUCGUCUCACUUUGCCUGGUGCGACGGUGUUUUCCUGCAGGCGCUCAAGGCUGGUGACUGGGUGCUACUCGACGAGCUGAACCUUGCUUCACAGUCAGUGCUGGAGGGGCUCAACGCUGUGCUGGACCACAGAGGAGAAGUCUUCCUCCCCGAGCUCGGCCGCUCCUUCUUCUGCCCUCCCUCCUUCCGCAUCUUCGCUGCUCAGAACCCGCUGCAGCAGGGAGGAGGGAGAAAGGGGCUCCCAAAGUCGUUCCUGAACCGCUUCACGACGGUGAGGGUGGAGGAGCUGACGGCAGACGACCUGCUCUUCAUCGCCCAGGCCUCCUUCCCGCAGAUCGAUGAGCCGCUCCUCCGCGGUAUGAUCGCCAUGAACGCGGAGGUCCAAGUAGCCACCUCCUCCACCUUCGCCUCCUCCGGGAGGCCCUGGGAGUUCAACCUGCGCGAUAUCUUCCGAUGGUGCGAGCUGAUGGUGCAGUACCAGGAGGAGGGAGCAUACCGGCCGCAGGACUUCGUUCCCUUCCUCUUCUCCCUCCGCCUCCGCACGAGCAGCGAUAGGGAGCAACUGCAGGUCAUCGCAAGGAGGCACUUUGACGACCUUCCUUCUCCCCUCCUCCACGUCCCUCACCGCGCCUCCGCUCCUCUCCUCCAGGUCGGCAAGGUCAGCAUGCUCCGCAGCAAGAAGCCCGACGUCCUGCUCGACGACGCUCCUCCUCUCCUCCUCCCCGGCCACCUCCAGGCGCUGGAGGGCCUGAUGAUGUGCGUUGAGAUGGGAUGGAUGGGGAUAGUGAUCGGCCCGUCGGCUGCGGGCAAGACAAGCCUUGUGCGCUCGCUGGCCGCUUCCUCGGGGAACAAGCUGAGGGAGAUGGCGAUGACGAGCGAUACGGACACGACGGACCUGCUGGGAUGCUUCGAGCAGCUAGAGCAGCACAAGAGGAGGAGAACCUUCCUCUCCUCCCUCCACGCCUGGACCGACGACCUCUUCCGCUACAUCCUCGCGCUGAUGAAGGAGGACGAAACCCUCCUCCCUCCCAUGAAGGACCAGCUCCUCCUCCUCCAGCACAACCUCGCCGGGCUCCGGCAGCACAAGAACUCCUCCGCCUCCUUCUCAGCAGGGUUCGAGUGGAUCGACGGGAUCCUAGUGAAGGCGAUGGAGCGAGGGGAGUGGCUGCUGCUGGACAACGUGAACCUCUGCAACGCAAACGUGCUGGACCGUCUGAACCCCCUCCUCGAGCCCCAGGGCGUCCUCCUCCUCAACGAGCGAGGGCUGGUGGACGGGGAGGUGCGGAUAGUCCGUCCACACCCCAACUUCCGACUGUUCUUGAGCAUGGACGCGCAUCGAGGGGAGAUCUCUAGAGCCAUGAGGAACCGAGGGGUUGAGAUCUGCCUGCUGGAA